AUGGUACAAAUUCAGCCUCAACCCGCGCCGUGGGAAGACUCCCUCGCUGUUCGCGCCCAAUCAGAUCUCCCAAACCCCCGGGAAGGGCCCGCACACGAUACGAAGGAAAACGAGCAAUACGAGCAGGAGGAGCAGCGCAAUCGAGAGAAUUGUCACAACGGGCAACAAGACACGUUGGUAUCCAGGACAGCUGGCUCAAAACCUGCUGUUACCCCGCCACAGCCUGACGCCAAGCGUGAGAAGGGACGGAAAUCUCGGACAGUGUCUUCGAAGAAGGCCGUAACUAGGAAAGACGAGCACAAAGAGGCCUUGGCUGUGCUGAAAUACUCUCAAACUCCGUCGGUAUGGCUGGAGCCUGAUGCUGACAAGCCCUAUUCCCUUCUUCCCUCGGAACUUCCGAAUGGGCUGGUUAAACGACACUUACAUAACCUCCCUGAGGUGCUCGCGAGGCUGGUAUCCAAAGCCGCCCUGGCGGGGAAGGAUGGCAGAACCUUCGCCAGCAAUGUUAUGGCGUCACUGUCGCAGCAUCCAGCACAACUGCACGCCAUGAUCUUUGCGGUCAUGGUGCACGACCGAAUUCAACAGGGCAUCAGCAACCCAACAGCCACGGAGUUGAUGGUUGGCACAGAAGCAAUCCGCCAUCUGAACCGGGAACUCAGCGAUCCCAAGGGAGCAUUGACAGAUUCCAAUAUCUGGGCCGUCCUGGUGCUUGCGUACUCUGGCCGAGAAGAUCGGACAAGAUCCGGGCAGAGUUAUCCGCGGCAGUCCUUCUUGAGAGAGCUACAGUCAAUUCAUAUCUAUCUCAGGAUGGAGAUUGUCAUCGAGCAUGUCCUUGGCCUGAUCAAAAUGGUGGAGCUUCUUGGGGAUUUGCGCAAGAUCAAGACACCCGGGAUCGCUCCGAUAGUUUCUUGCUGCGGCAUCAUGGGCGCGUGCCGGAACAUCAGCAGACCCAUAUUUCCCUUUAUAUCUCUCACAGUGUCGUUCGUCCGCGAAGACGGUCGUCUCGCCAUAACCAACCAUGAGCGCAAUGCCGUUGCUGCCGACCUAGGCCCGCUGGGCACGAGUUUCUGGCAAGUUUGGGCUUCAAAUGCAUCUACGCCGAGCUACCUCGAGGAUUUGCUGACAGUCAUCGGUGACGUCUGCGACUUUACGGUCGUGGUCGAGAACCACGCGAGUGGGAGGUGGAUCCCGCUGACAUCGCCGGAGAUCAUCGACCAGAGAAACUUCGUCCAGCACAAGUUGAUGUCCCUGCGGCCGGCGGAGGAGCUCGUCGCCGCCACGAACAUCACUGUAGAUGAGGUGCAGUACGAGACUUGUCGGUUAGCGUGCAUCAUAUACUCUUUUAUCGUAGUGUUCCCCGUUCCGCCCGUGGUGGGGCCCUUUGAGACCUUGACCGACAAACUCAAGCGUGCGCUGCAGGCGACCGAGUGGAAGGGCUUUGAACCUGAAAGGCUGAAGUUGCACUUGUGGAUUCUGGUCAUGGGGGCGAUGGGCUCGAUAGGACUGCCUGAUCGUCCUUGGUUUCUGCUACGCAUUAUGGAAGUGUUGGAAGAGUUCGACAUGGCGGCAUGGAAGGACCUGAAGGUUUUGUUACAGUCGUUCUUGUGGCAUCCGCGGACGAGCGAUCCUGACGGCGUCGAUAUUUGGAAGGCGGUUCAGCAUGGGGGCGAUAGGCCAGAGGAGGCAUCAACAUAA